AUGGCGGAAGCUUGUAUCCAAAAGAAAGCAAUGGCGGAAGCAAACCUUCCCGAAGAGAUUAUAGUGAAUAUCAUUUCUAGGCUGCCAGUGAAAUCCUUGCUCCGAUUCACGGCCGUCUCAAAGCGGUGGCGCUCAAUCAUAUUGUUCGACAAACAAUUCGAAAAUGAGCUUCGGAGUGCUAAUGGUGUUGGCUAUUUGCCGGCGACGGACGAGUAUAAAGUUAUUGAGGAGGAGGAAGACAAGAAGAACUGUUUAAGCUUCAAGGAGGAGGAGGAAGAGAAGAAGAAGAACGGUAUAAGCUUUGAGGAGGAAGAGGACAAGAACUAUUUAAGCUUCAAGGAGGAGGAGGAGGAGGAAGAGAAGAAGAAGAAGAACGGUUUAAGCUUCGAGGAGGAAGAGGACAAGAACUGUUUAAGCUUCAAGGAGGAGGAGGAAGAGAAGAAGAAGAACGAUCAGAAAUGGAGAAGUAUUAAAGGCCCUGUGGAUUCCCACUUAUGUGGCCAGAGGGGGACUCUUGUCAAUGAGGCACUUCAUUGGCUAAAUGGGCCAAAGCCGAGGGAACCAUAUGAGAUAGUUGCUUUUGAUUUUGCUAAGGAAGAGUUUCGGAAAAUGCAGCUGCCUAAUUACGCCCAAGAUGGGAAGGAUUUCAGCUAUCUCGGGGUAUGCUCUGGAGGAUGCCUGUGUGUGUCGCGUUAUCCGUUUGAUGAUUGUGAUUCCAUUGAUUUUUGGGUCAUGACAGAAUAUCAGGGAUUUCUGGAUGUUGAAUUGCAUGAGUAA